GAUCUGACGCGAGAGUAAACAGUCGCCAUUUCUGGAAAGUAGGAAAGAGAGCAGAAAGUGUGGCGGACCCUUCGUUCGCAUUUAACCAAAACCCAUACCGAUAAAUCUUCAGAAAAGGCCGAAUCAAAGCUCUCUGUCAGCGGCUGUCUUCCACGGCGGCUGUGUAAUUGUAUGUGUUAUUCCAAGCGGGAAUUUAUGCGCGCGUGAGUGAGUGUGAGGCCUGGCACCCUCACUGGACCAUAAACACCCUGCAGUUGAUCACUCACAGACAGGGCAGAACUGCAGAGAAAUAUCCCUUCACUGAAAAAUGAUCAUUGAAAACCUUGAAGCUUUGAAGACAUGGCUCUCAAAGACCCUUGAACCCAUAUGCGAUGCCGACCCUUCUGCACUUGCAAAAUAUGUGGUUGCCUUAGUGAAGAAAGACAAAUCAGAGAAGGAGUUGAAAGCACUAUGCAUUGACCAGUUGGAUGUAUUCCUUCAGAAAGAUACGCAGACGUUUGUGGAUAAACUUUUCGAAGCUGUGAACGCAAAGAGUUACCUACCUCAACCAGAGCAACCAACUUCCAUAAGCAGAACUGCCACCGAGCCUCACCAGCGCACAGAGAAAGAUGAAUCCAAGAGAGAGGAGCCCAGUCGAGAUGAAGACAGAGACAAGAAAUUCUCCAGGAGAAUAAACCACAGUCCUCAGCCUAGUACGAGAUACGGCCGAGACAGCAGGAGAGGAGAGGAACGCAAAAAAGACGACCGCACUCGGAAACGAGACUACGAUCGCAACCCACCCAGAAGAGACUCGUACAGAGAGCGUUACAACCGCAGGAGGGAGCGCAGCCGCAGUUUCAGCCGCAGUCGUAGUCGCAGCUGGAGCAAGGACCGUGCGCGAGAUCGAGACCGAGAGAGGGACAGAGAUCGCGAUAGAGACAGAGAUCGCGACCGCAGCCGAUCGCGAACUCGCUCAAGAACUCGCUCAAGAAGCAGAGAGCGAGAUUCUGGAAAGUUAAAAUAUGACCUCAGUCGUCCAGAGCGUCAGGAGGGUGCAGGCACUGAUGGAUACAACGCAACGCCUGUUACGCCCGGGGACUCCUCGGCUCAUUUUCCCGUGCCUGCCCUCAGUAGCACUAUUACCGUUAUUGCCCCUACUCACCAUGGUAACAACACCACUGAAAGCUGGUCGGAGUUUCCGCAGGACCACACGCCGUUCAGCAGAGACGGCCCACCGCGAAAACGAUGCCGUGACUAUGAUGAGAAGGGUUUCUGCAUGCGAGGGGACAUGUGUCCUUUUGACCAUGGAAGUGAUCCAGUUGUGGUGGAGGACGUCAAUCUACCCAGCAUACUUCCCUUUCAACCCCCGCCACUUCCUGUGGUAGACGGUCCACCGCCUCCUGGCCUCCCACCCCCUCCAUCACUCCUGGCCCCACCAGUGAACCUCAGACCACCUGUGCCCCCGCCCGGCACCAUGCCACCUAGCUUACCACCUGUCGCAGGUCCCCCUCCUCCUCUCCCGGCCCUGAAGCCAUCUGGUAUGGACGCACCUCCAAACUCCAUCACCAGCUCUGUGCCCACUAUAGUCACGUCAGGCGUCCGGCCUCUGCCCCCACCGCCCCUCUAUACCUCGGACUCGUUUGAGCCGGAUGUGUACAAUCCUGAGGCUCCUAGCAUGACUUCACGGCCCAUGUACAGACACCGGGUCAACACUCAGCGGCCCAACCUGAUUGGCUUAACCAUGGGAGAGGUGGAUCUGCGCCCUAGAGAUAAAAUGUCAAACAGCAACAGUAUGAGGAUUGUUUUAGAGUCUGAAUCCAGGAAGAGAGGUGCAGGACUGAUGGAUGGAGCGGGUCCUCCAAAGAAACCCUGGUUUGACAAGCCAAACUACCAGCCCAACCAUCACGGAUUUCACCGAAAAGUUCCUUUCUCUUCCCCAAAUACAAAACUGGCCAUCAAACAGAUUCCUCCUGAACUCAACAAUAUCAGCAAACUCAAUGAGCACUUUAGCAAGUUCGGCACCAUCGUCAAUCUCCAGGUGGCGUAUAAUAAUGACAGAGAGGGGGCGCUGAUUCAGUUUGCAUCCCCUGAGGAGGCCAGACGGGCCAUGCAGAGCACCGAGGCAGUGUUGAACAACCGCUUCAUUAAAGUGCAAUGGUACAGAGAGGAUGCACCUGAGCAUGCAUACGCCACGCAACCUGUGAAUGUACAGUUUAAGCAAGAGCUUGUAGUGAACACACUGAAACAGUCGGUCAAAGACCGACUCGGUCCCCUGCCAACAGCCCACACCGAACCCGUACAGGACCCCAGCAGCGCUCCACAGAAUGCCAUCAAGUCUUCAGUGAAAGACCGUCUGGGCUUCUCCACCAAACCAGCGGCCCUUGGAGGAAAGGCAUUUACCGGCCUGACAAAGACGGUUUAUAACCCAGCAGCGUUCAAAGCCGGUCAGAAGGCUGCACCGUUCAGUCCAACUGUCAGUCCAGAAGAUGCCUUAAAAAGGAAACAGGAGGCGCUAAAGCUUCAGCAGGACGUCAGGAAGAAGAAACAGGAGAUUCUGGAGAAACACAUUCAGACUCAGAAGUUGCUGAUAUCCAAGCUGGAGAAAAACAAAUCCAUGAAGGCGGAAGAUAAAAGUCAGAUCAUGCAGACGCUCACCACCCUCACCAACAGCAUCACUAAACUCCAGGAGGAGAUCAAAGGUCUGUCCAGCGCCAAUGUGCUCAAGACGACGGUCAAGAGUAAAGCACAGGCUCAGAAGGAACUUUUGGACACAGAGUUGGACCUUUAUAAGAAAAUGCAGGCAGGAGAAGACACAGCCGAUCUCAAGAUUAAAUAUACUCAGCUGCAGCUAGAGGCAGCCAAAAGAGGCAUUCUCAAUCCAGGACGUGGGAGGGGGGCCCACACCAGGGGUCGGGGGGCCCUGAGGAGCCGGGGCAGAGGCAUUCGGGGCCGCGGCAGAGGAGCUUCAAAUCACUCUGUGGUUGAUCAUCGGCCCAGAGCUUUAGAGAUCAGCGGCUUUACUGAAGCGGAUCGAGUCGACCUGCUGCCACACUUUGCACAAUUCGGAGAGAUUGAGGACUUCAAAGUGGACGAUCCUAGUCUUAGUGCCAUCAUUACGUACAGAAGUCGUGCAGAGGCAGAACAGGCGGCGGUCCAUGGCAUCCGGAUAAAUAAUCAAGAACUGCGCUUGGCUUGGCACAAACCCGCGGCCUCACUGAACACGACGGACCCGGAUGAGAACGAACCUGAUGAUGAAGAGUUUCCAGAGGACUCACUCGUGGAUGAUUCGCUGCUACAGGACGAUGACGAGGAGGAUGACGAUAAAGAGUCACGCUCGUGGCGCAGAUAAGGACGUCCAGGUCGCCCGAGCUCGUCCCAUCACGUGUUCAUUUCAGAAAUUGUUUUUAAAAAUCUAAUUUACAUUUCAUUGAUAUUUUUAUUUUACUUAAAGCUGUAAACUCCUGUGAAUUUGAACGAUGUUAAAUAAGAUUAAUUUGUUUUUCGUUCUCAGCAAUUUUGUAUUGUGUCAAUAACCAAAAAAACUUCUGCUGGCUGCCUUUUUUUGUUUUUUGGUCAAAAAUGUCGACCAAUUUGAUUUCUUUUCAGUACUUCGGUAAAAUGUUACUGGUUGGUUGAGAAAAAGCGGUAUGUUUUACGAAACUGCAGAAGAUUUUUGUUACGAGAACGUGUUUUAUGCUUUUCCUAGUAUAAUCGGUCUGAUGAGGAAGUAGCUUUUGUGUACAUAUUUUAUGUAUGAAUUUUAAUGGUUUGUAUUAAUUCUCUGCUUCUGGAUUCCUGGGUUUCAUUAUGAAAUGUAAAAAAAUAAAGAAUUGAAAUGGUCUAGAAAAGAUAUCAGCUGACAAAAAAAGAAAAAAAAUUGACAGCUUUGCUGCAUGAGCAGUGUUAAACAAAAAAAACAACAACAGAUCAGCUGAAUAAAGACCAUUUCAUACCCCCCACCCCCCAA